AUGGUUGAAGAGAAGGUUGUCGUUUUUAGUGGAAAGAAGGGAAGUACUUCUUCUCCCUGGUUCAAAGAAGUGGAAAUUGAUGAAAAUAAAACUACCUCUCAAUGUGACUCUUCCAUCAUUUCAGGAUGGUUCUCUGAAAUCAAUCCCAUGUGGCCCGGAGAGGCACACUAUUUGAAGGUAGAGAAAAUCUUAUUUCAGGGCAAGUCCCUUUACCAAGAUAUCAUGGUAUUCCAGUCAUCUACAUAUGGCAAGGCUUUUGUGUUGGAUGGGUUGCUUCAACUUACUGAAAGGGAUGAAUGUGCAUACCAAGAAAUGAUCACUCACCUGCCUCUGUGUUCAAUCCCCAAACCAAAGAAGGUGUUGGUCACUGGGGGAGGUGAUGGUGGGAUUCUUCGAGAACUGUCUCGCCAUGCUUCUGUAGAGCAGAUUGACAUUUGUGAAAUCGACACCAUGGUUGUCAAUGUUUACAAGCAAUUUUUCCCUGAUAUAGCUGUAGGCUAUGAGGAUCCUCGUAUUACACUUCACGUUGGUGAUGGGACUGCCUUUCUCAAAUCUGUUCCUCCAGGAACUUAUGAUGUGAUUAUCGUGGAUUCUUGUGAUCCUAUUGUACCAACCCAAGAGCUUUUUGAUAAGCCAUUUUACGAGUUAGUUGCCAAAGCCCUUCGGCCUGGUGGAGUGGUUUGCACGCAGGCUGAAAGCAUAUGGCUGCAUGCGCAGAUUAUUGAAGAUACUGUUACUGUAUGCCGUCAAGUAUUCAAAGGCUCUGUAAACUAUGCAUGGACUUCUGUACCCACUUACCAAAGUGGGGUAAUUGGUUUCAUGCUCUGCUCAACCGAGGGCCCGGCAGUUGAUUUCAAGUGUCCGGUGAAUCGUAUUGAAGCCAUUGAUGGAGCUAACAGUGUUGCAAAACACCCCUUAAAAUUUUACAACUCAGAGAUUCAUUCAGCUGCAUUUUGCUUGCCAUCUUUUGCAAAAAGGGUAAUCACCACCAAAACUGAGAUUAACAACAACUAA